AUGACCGACAAGCAGGUUGCUGUCGCAAAGGAAGAGUCGAAAGCACGCAAACAAGGAAACGUGCCGACCUUAAUCCCUCCGAUGGGAGCACUCAAGACGCGGAGGCCUCAGUCAGCUGCAGCUUCAAGCUCCUCGGGCAAUGGCAUCAGUUGCAUCAACAGCGCAGAAGCUGAGGAAUGCAAUGAAGAGAUUGUUGCGGGUUGUCUCCAGCUAGCAUGGGCCUUUUAUCAGCGAUUCUUAGUCGCGGUUGAAGCUCAAAAUCUCCUCGGUAACCGAGGAAUUGGCGGAGAUCCAAUGCUCGGGUCAAGCGUUUGCUCCAGUGCUGGCAAGUCGGCGUCGGUAUCGCUGUCCCUGAUUGUUUUUCAUUUCUUCUUGGAGCGAUGCAGUCGCGAACAGGAUGCUGUUCAAGAGCUGGAACAGUUUGUGCGCUGUCUUCACAGCGUACGGAGUGCCUGUUACAGCUUGGAAUUGUUUUGCCAGUUUUUGGAGGAAUCGUGUUCACGUCAAGAGCUCUGCUUCUUCUUGUGGCUUUCUCAAGCGAUGGAUGACAUCCGGCUUGGUAUUCCGUACGACGACCCUCUUCCUAGCUACUACGAGGGUGCAAAUAGCCACCAACCACAAUUUAUCUGCGUGCUCAAGGCAACAUUCCUUGCGAGAUCCAUCUUCAGACUGCUUCACUUUAAAGUUUUUUGUCGACCAUCAACAGCGAGGAAAACUGCACCAACAUCCCCGUCCGCCUCUCCGCAGCGUAAACCCAAGACGCGGUUGGGCGAACUAUCUGCCGCUCUACUUCAAAAGCAGAUCCCUGAACAUGUUGCUGCUCAAACUGCGCUUCGUGAAAUCAUUGAAAAGAACCAGGGGGAGUCCAUCUCAUUGGAGACUUUCAACAAUCUGUUAGUAAAGUUUGCGGUCGUACCCUCACCUGAAGAGCUGGCAGCGCGAUUGGGGCCGUUCUAUCAGCCUACAGGAGACCAACGUAAGAUACCAACCGAUGUCUUCCUGGCGUUGCUGAUGGAAACGUACAAGCUCCAGCUCCAGUGGGAACGCGAUCAGUUGCGGGCGCUAUUUGUUCAUUUAAACCACCAGGAGGAAAUGCAGCAACGAACAACCGAGACAGAAAAAGCGGCCAAAGGUGAAGGGAAGGGUCCUCAUGGAGCGACGGAGUCUGGUGGGGGGAGUAAAUAUCUGCACGGUUUGUCCCGCAACGUCUUACGCGAGCUGCUGCUGCAAUCCGGAAUUGUUCAAGACAGCGAUGUGGCUCAGAUGGAUAUGGAUUGGGUAUUUGCUGAGCUCUUGAAGGGAGCUGGAGGCGUAGCUGCUGGUAUCACUUUUGACAGUUUAUUUGACGUGUUGCAAAAGAUGAGAUGGUUAGAGAGCACGAAGCUGCGUGUUGAUGCACUGAUGCAAGUCACAGGCUGGCGUGUGUAUGCUCGACAUAGUCUAGCUCUAUGCAACAACGAUCCCAAUGUCUUUAUCCGUCGUCACACCCAACGAUUAUUGCACUAUGUGGGUCAAGAACUCGGUCAAUCCGAAAGUGACAGUGCGGUCAAUUGUAUCCGUGAGUUUCUCGCAUUUGCCUGGCGAUUAGCAGCCAAACGCAGCAGGAAUGAAGCGUCUGCAUUAAGGCAGACAUGCGUAACGGAGAUAUAUCUCGUCAGUCAGGCACUACGCCCUUGCAUCGAUUCCAUGUCGGGAUACCACGGACAGUUUGCUGCUGUCGAAGAUAAUUCUGCUGGAGAAGACAAUCCGGUAAUCCCUCAACGCCGAUCGAGCGACGCUGUCGUAAUCAUGAACGACGCGCUUCAUAGUUUCUAUGAUACUUCUCGAAUGAGCCUCAGCCAGUUCAUCAAGGACAAAAGGGCUCGCACCGAUUGCGCAUCUGGACAGCUGCACGAGCUCGAGAAUGUGCUGACACUGUACGCAGCUCACAUUGAACAUCUCUUUCAACGGUUCUCAGAAGCGCGCUACAACUGCUCGCCUCAGGUUCCUUUUCUUCGAUGGAGGGCCAUGAUGUAUGAGCUCGAGCUCGUGCACCCUCGCAAUCUCCCCAUUGUAAGGUUACAAGCUCUCUUUAACAGCGUUGUGAAAGCUUUAGAGCCUACCAGUUCGACUGACGGCUCGCUAGAUCAAGAAGUUGGCGUGGAGAAAUCGCAGUUUUCGGAGCUGUUUGUCAGAGUUGCGAUUGAAAGGCAUCGUGUGGCAUUAACUCGCAAACGAGAGAAGGCUCAACUGGCAACAACCAAGAAGACUCGAGACGAUAACAGAGAGACCAUGCUGGAAGCCGCGGAGCUCGCGGCUCCAACAACCCUUGUCGAGCGAAACUUCGCUGCAAAACUCAGCUGUCCUCUUGUAGGUCGCGCACUACUCGAACACCGCUCGUUCCUACGCACAGUCUUUUUCUUUUACGCCAAGCAAGAUGAAGUCGCCGAGGACGAACGUGCCGCACGACAAGAACAGGCGCUACUUCGCGAGCUACAGGAAGCCGGAGGCAGCCUAAAUGGAAAUGCAAAUCACGCUAAAGGCCCAGAUCAUUCUGCAGCAGAAGAUAACGCUGCUCUCUUGCGGACCGACCCAGGCUCCGACUUUCAACUGGAAAAGACCAAGCGAAGCUCCAUGAGUUUUGGUGAGUUCCAGACCUUUCUGGCUGCCUUUGAUCUGCUUGAUGGCUCGAAGCGCAACGGCAACAAAGUGGCUCUCAGUGAUGCACAGCACGUCUUCUCCUCCGUUAUGGCUCUCGACAACGACGACACAUUGCAGCUCGAGUUCGACGAGUUCGCUGCUGCCAUCGUUGCUCUUGCCGUGCACUUGUAUCCAAGUCCCUUCUCGUUGUGGCACCAGAAACUCGACAAGUUUGCCACGAAGCUUCAAAAAGCCUGGGAGACGCAGAACGCAGAGCUGCCGUGA